AUGGCUUAUGUGGGAAACAGCUUCCCAAGAACUCGCCAGACUCCCAGCUUUGAUGGGCAGGUGGUGGGAAAGUGCAGAGGUGGAGCUUAGUGCUAGAUUUUUUUUUGUGCUCGAUAUAAGAGGCUUAGAUGGGUCACUGCUAACCACAGCGCCUGGGACAUGGAAGAGGGGAGCGAGCAGAGAGCACAGACAGCGCUGGCCAUGGGGAGGACAGCCCCAACCCUCCUUGCUCUGCUCAGCCUAACAGUGAUGGUUUCUGAUGCCCAGGACUCCUGUCCAGGUGUAAGAAUAGUGGGGCUGGGUGAUGCUGACCGGCUUGCUGUCCUCCAAGGAUGUCCAGGGAUCCCAGGUGCCUCUGGCCCAAAAGGAGAACCAGGUCUCCCAGGAAUAAAAGGAGAAAUGGGAGCCCAGGGAAAUCCCGGGAAAGCAGGACCACCUGGCACAAAAGGAGCAGCUGGAGAGCCUGGCUUCCCAGGACCUAAAGCCAAGAAUUGCCAAGAGCUGCUAGAUAGAGGGAAGAUCCUGAGUGGCUGGUAUACCAUCUACCCCCAAGGCUGCAAUGCCACCAUGGUCUUUUGUGAUAUGGACACAGAUGGUGGAGGAUGGAUUGUUUUUCAGAGACGCUUGGACGGGUCAGUGAAUUUUUUACGAGAUUGGAAUUCAUACAAACGAGGAUUUGGCAACCAACUGACAGAGUUCUGGCUGGGGAAUGACAACAUUCACUUCCUCACCUCCCUGGAAACCUGUGAACUUCGAAUUGACCUGAGGGACUUUGAAAACAACUACUAUUUUGCCAAGUAUGCUUCAUUUAGAGUUUUAGGAGAGUCUGAGAAAUACAAACUGGUUCUAGGAGACUACCUUGGUGGAAAUGCUGGAGACUCCUUCUCAUACCACAAGGAUAUGCCAUUUUCAACAACAGACAAGGACAACGACAUGAGCUCCUUUAACUGUGCCACAGCCUACAAGGGUGCCUGGUGGUACAAUGACUGCCAUUACUCCAACCUGAAUGGGAUGUACUGGUUGGGCGUUCAUGGGAGCUAUGCUGAUGGCAUAAACUGGAAGACAGGCAAAGAGUACCAUUACUCCCAUAAGAGGACAGAAAUGAAAUUCAGGCCAGUUUAACAGGGCAAGAGGAUGUCUACUAGCACCAAUACUUGCCACUUGGCAUCCAACAGAAGACACAAAAUGAGAGAUAAAGUUGUUUUAGGGCAAAACUGGACAAAGUAGGAUAGGUUGUGCCUUCAGCCCAGAGCAGACUGUAGAUUUCAGAGACCAGAAGAGACAGGUACUGCUUUGAGCUCCUGUAAGCCCCAGUGGACAGAGCAGCCAGCUCUGGCAGAAAUACAGCUUAUGCCAGUUUUGCCAUUUGGUCCCCCUUGCUGCACAUCAUAUUGUUCACCAACACUGCUUCCCACCAGGACCCUCAGGACCCUCACCAUCUCCAGCAGGCCCACAGAUGCUGACUGAGCUUGGGCAUAUUUUUCUGAAAAGUACAUUACCUUGAUUUGAAGACCAAGUGAAGGUGAGGCUAUUGCAUCUCAGUAAAGCUCUCAAAUGGUAUUAUCCUUGCUGGCAAAUACUUAUAUUUUUUAUCUCUAAUCCAUAUAUGUGAAGACAUAAGUGUUCCUGCAGCCUUUUUCUGUUGGACCAAAGAGCCACCUGAAAGGGACUGAAUUCUCUCCCCCUUCUUACAGGCCACAGUGAAGCUACCACAUAGACUGCUGUGGAAUGGACUGAACUUCCAGCACAUUGCUGUCAGCACUGCUCCUGCCUCACUGCUUCACAUGACUUGUCCUCCAGGACUUCAAGUCCUGGAAGCACAGUAAUAUUGCCCAGACCUUCCCACCAGCAACGUGGCAGCAGCCAGGUCCAGCUUCAAUCACUCAUCCUGGAUAUGUUUUCUAGAUCUCAUUCUUCAGCCUCUGUGGACUGAGAGCUGGAUACAAGACAGAUUGUCCAGUGGUAUGUGUGGUACUGAGUCAAGCCUCACACAAGUGGACAACAUGUGAAUUGCCAGCAGGUUCCAGUAUUGUUCAUUUCAGCUCCCUUAAAGUAGUAUUUGAGGAUGGGCUUUCCACUGAUGUAUGGAAGAAGUUCAUUGAAAGCUAGUUAUUUAACUAUUAGUAGAACUGGUUAAAAGAGUAUUUCUUGCUCCUGUAUUCCUCCCCCACAGCUUACGCAGGGGAGGAGAGCCCACUGCUAUCACAUAGUUAGUGCACGGACAUGUAGCAAGGCAGCCCCAGUCAAACAACACUGAAUCUAACUCAUGUGGGUGGGAGAAGGGAAGACAGAACUCAGCACAGAACAGCAGGUCAACGAUAUGCAUAGAAAUAAAGCCCAGGUUUUGCAUGUCCACAUUCACUAGGUCCUGUCUGUGCUCACUUCUCCUUUUUAGGUACAGGAGAAAGUGCAUCUUUGAGCAGAGACGCACAUAGUGCAUUUCACAGAAUCACAGAAUGGUCUAGGGUGGAAGGGACCU